UCCUGCUCUGCUCUCCUCUGCCCUGCCCAGUCCCCUCCCGUCCCGUCCCGCACCGCCUCGCCCCGCCCCACCUGCCCCUCAUCCCUUCCUCCGGCCGCGCCUGGCCGCUGGAGCCUCUCCCGGACAGGUGUGGAGGGAGCGCUGAGCUGGCCCUGGCGGCGGCCGCGGGUGUGCGGCGAGGAGGUGGAUUGAAAUUGAACCAGAAUGGCUGCUGUUAUCUCAGAUAGUCCUCCAAACCCAAGCUGCAAAAUCAUGACUUUUAGGCCUUCGAUGGAUGAAUUCAGGGAAUUCAACAAAUACUUAGCACACAUGGAAUCACAAGGUGCUCAUAGGGCUGGAGUUGCAAAGGUAAUCCCACCAAAGGAGUGGAAGCCGAGAAAACAUUAUGAUGAUAUUGAAGAUUUAGUGAUUCCUGCUCCAAUUCAACAGAUAGUCACUGGCCAGUCUGGACUUUUCACACAAUACAAUAUUCAGAAAAAACCCAUGACAGUGAAGGAGUUCAAGGAUCUAGCCAACAGUGACAAAUACCGCACUCCAAGAUAUGUAGACUAUGAAGAUCUGGAGCGUAAAUACUGGAAGAACUUGACUUUUGUGGCACCAAUUUAUGGAGCAGAUAUCAAUGGGAGCAUUUAUGAUGAAGGUAUUGAGGAAUGGAAUAUUGCCCAUCUUAAUACAAUAUUAGAUGUUGUAGGAGAAGAAUGUGGAAUUUCUAUCGAGGGUGUAAAUACACCAUAUCUUUAUUUUGGCAUGUGGAAAACAACGUUUGCGUGGCACACUGAAGACAUGGAUCUCUACAGUAUUAAUUAUCUCCAUUUCGGGGAGCCAAAGUCAUGGUAUGCUAUUCCUCCAGAGCAUGGGAAACGGCUUGAAAGACUAGCUCAAGGGUUCUUUCCGAGCAGCUCUCAAGGAUGUGAUGCUUUUCUUCGCCACAAGAUGACUUUGAUUUCUCCGUCAAUAUUGAAAAAGUAUGGAAUUCCUUUUGACAAGGUUACACAAGAGGCAGGAGAAUUUAUGAUUACUUUCCCAUAUGGAUACCAUGCAGGGUUUAACCAUGGAUUUAAUUGUGCAGAGUCAACAAACUUUGCCACCGUUCGAUGGAUUGAUUAUGGAAAAGCAGCAAAAUUGUGCACUUGUAGGAGAGACAUGGUGUCAAUAUCCAUGGAUGUCUUUGUGAGGAAGUUUCAACCAGAGAGAUACCAGCUGUGGAAACAGGGCAAGGAUUUAUAUACCAUUGAUCAUACAAAACCAACUCCUGAAUCAACACCUGAAGUGAACAUCUGGCUGCAGAGAAGAAGGAAAAUACAGAACUUUCCCAAGAGCUUCCAGCACACCAGAUCUCGAUCUAAAAAGCUUAAAACUCCAGAGGACAAGAGAGUAUCUGCCAUGGUAGCUGAUGCAAAAAUCAUAGUGACUGAAGCAGCUACUGAUGGCUUCAAGGUCAGUGAAGAACCAGAAAAAAAAGUGAGAGUGGUAAACACAGGAUUGCCUUCUGGGGAAGAAGAAAACAGCAGUAGAAUGCAUCUGCAUCAGCAUUUAUUGGAUCAUGUCAAGAUUGCAGGAAGCAUCCCUUCUGACUCAGUUUUGAGCCCCGUUCCUGUACUAGAGAAAACAAAAAUGGAAGAUGAGGACAGGAUAGAUUCCAGUCAUUUUUCCUUUUCACUUGAAGAUUCUGUGGCCAGCAAGACUGCUUCUGAUAGAUGUAGAAAAGAAGACAGUUUGAAAUCUCACAAUCAAUAUGCUUCAUCCAUACCGUACAAUAAAGCAGAUGGACAAAUUUCUGAAGCAGAAAAUCCAGAUAGAGAGGAAAGUGUCUUGACAGAGGAUGGUAUCAGCAACCUAGAAAAUUCUGGAAGUAGUUUGGAACUUGGAGCAGUGCCCUUUGUAAAAAAGGGUGAAGAAGACAGAAUGGAAGUAUCUUGUUCAGAGGAAGUUGAAACAAAGAAAAUAUCUAAGAGUUGGCGUCAUCCACUACAUAAACCCCCAGCUAGAUCUCCAAUGACUUUGGUUAAACAGCAAGCAACUAGUGAUGAAGAGCUGCCUGAGACUACCUUAAUUGAAGAGAAAGUUCAAGAGUCAGAGGCAUGGGCCAAGCCUCUGGUCUACCUGUGGCAGACAAGACUACCCAGUUUCAAUGCUGAAAAAGAAUACAAUGCAGCUUGUGCAAAAAAGGAACCUCACUGUGCCAUUUGCACUCUUCUCAUGCCAUACUAUAGGCCAGACAAUCAGGAUGAAGAAAGUCCUACUUUCAGUGAAGCAAACUCAGCAGAAACACUGAUGGCAGAAAAUGUGAAGACUAAACCUCUUAUUCCAGAGAUGUGUUUUAUUUAUAGUGAAGAAAACACCGAAAACUAUCCAUCAAAUGCCUUCGUUGAAGAAGAUGGAACAAGUCUUCUGAUUUCAUGUGCAAAGUGUUGCAUACGGGUUCAUGCAAGUUGCUACGGUGUUCCUUCUCAUGAAAUCUGUAACGAGUGGUUGUGUUCUCGAUGCAGAAAAGAAGCCUGGACAGCUGAAUGUUGUCUCUGCAAUUUGCGAGGCGGUGCAUUAAAGCAGACUACUGACAAAAAGUGGGCACAUGUAAUAUGUGCAAUUGCCAUCCCAGAAGUCAGAUUUGGUAAUGUCACAGAGCGUACUCCGAUAGACACUAGCAGAAUACCCUUGCAAAGAUUAAAAUUGGUCCUUUUUCCCUUCUUGCACAUUUGGAAGCAUUGUUCUCGAGCCUGGAGGAAGUGAUCCUUGAAUAUCAACCAACUCUCUUCAACUCCUUUACUCUGCAGGGCAUGUUCCUUCCAAGAAGAUUCCUGAAGAAGUUAAAGUUAGCUUUCCUGAAGUCUGUGGUUGUGGUUACUUGCUGCCCUGCUUUCUCCUCAUCUGGAACUGAAUUCCAUACUCUCAUGGUCACACCUCCAGCAAGGCCUUCCCUGUUUGUUAGUAUCAGUUGAGCAGCACACCAUUGCCUGGGGGAUCCUCCACUACCUGUGUCAGGAAAUUGUCAUCCAUCAUCCAUGCUUUCCAGGAACCUCCUGGGCUUUGUGUUUCAGUGUGCUGGUUCUGCAGCAGAUGUCAGGGGAGUAAAGUCCCCCAAAAGAUCCAGGGCCUGUGACUUGGAGGCUGCUUCAGGUGCCUGUAAGAUGUCCUCAUUUGCUUUUUCCUCCUUCUCAAGAUAGCCUGUAGCAGAAAGUUUAUGUAGAGUUAAUGAAACAAAGUUCAGCUUUCAGUCACCAUUUUGGGUCAUUCGUCUUAAUUCUCAAAAGCUGCAUUGUUUUCAAUAGAGUAUGUCUUCUCUUCCAUGUCAUGAUAUCCUUUGUUGUAUGUCUCUCUUGGAGUGGUACACCAAGCUACUUCGAUGCUGUGGCUCCUAAGGUUGUCCUUGGUGAACUGUAGCAAGCACAUGCCCUCCUUUUGCUGAACUUCAGUUUUCAGUAUUUUCCCCAGAGCAUUGCAGGGCCUUUGCUCAGUAAGCAGCUGGCAAUAGUGAGAACCAUGGUGUGAGGUGUGACAAAGCACUUAUCUGUGCAGUCUGGUGUCAGAGUUUUGUGAGGAAGUAAAAAGGUUAAGGAGCAUUAGAGAGUAUUUCUGAGACAGAAACAGGGAAAGCCACCAGAAAAAACUACAAUUAUCGAGGGGAUCCUAUAUCCUUCAACUACCUGGCAGAAGGCAGUAACUUAAAAGAGUUGAUGGAGCUGAGCUUAUGGUCGAGGUGGCAGUCAAACCUCCUCCUUGCCUUUCCAGACGUCUUAGUCCUUGGGUGUGGAAACUCAGAUGAUGGUGUGGAUGAUGGUCCAUCUAUACCAGUGGUGUUUCCAAGGUCAGAAAGGCCUGCACCUCCUAUCAAGACCACCUUCAAGAGGAAGAAAUGUAUCUCAUCUCAAAAGCUGCAGUGUUAGUCUAUAAGAUAUGUUGGAGCAAAAGAGUGAAAACUUUUUCUAUAUCUACUUUAUGUGAAGUAUUUUCUGGAGUACCUCAUCCUUACUAAAAGUGAAUAUAAAAUUUUUUUAAAUACUCAUUUCUCUAGCUUUUUGAAGAAUCGGUGGAAAUUUUUGUACUCUGAGAACCUAUAUUCAGGCAUAUUUGGGACUGAAGGAUAUAGGGGGCAUCGCUUCUUUAGAGCAAGAGUCACAUUAUAAGAGGUAUCAUCUAUACAUGCAGAGUGAAAUUAAAAAUGAGCAUAUAUUAGUACUCUAAGAGAGAAGUUAGUUAGGUUUAUAUUAUAAAUGGACUAUUUCAAGCCAAUAGCUUAAAAAGGAAAAAAAGACUGAAAAUUGUACCAUAGGUGACACAUAUGGACUACAUUUUGUUUAA